AUGCGCGUCUCCGCUGUCCUCUUCACCCUCACUUCCACCCUUGCCCUGGGCUCGGCAACCAAGAUCAACAUGAGCUGCGACUUCGCCAAAGACCACACCGGAAUGGUCCAGUCUCCCUACUGCUGCCGUGAUCUGAAGCCUGCUAUGAACAACCCUAAGCUCAAAAACGGACAGACCGUCAAUGAGGCCGAGGACUGCAAAUCGUUGAAGACUCCUCAGCUGUGUGAAGACCAAUCUCGACCUGCUUGCUGCUACGAAAUCGGCCCCAAGAAAAUUUGCACGUCGCACGCCGUUUUCCAGAACGUGGAAGAUAUCUAA